GAGGUGAGCCGGUGCCAGACAUGGUACUGGCUUUUAAAAAUCUUAGAGUUACAAAUGCAUUUCCUUGGUGAAAGCAGACUCAAAGUGGGGCGGAGUGGGGGUUGUGUGUGGUGCUGCUGGUGGUUUAUCCAGCUCUAAGUGUGGCCACCCCCUACCUGUCUCCCAAAGCCGGAAGUUAGUCCUGCCCUCUCUGAAGAGUCUUCCCCCAGGUUGAAACCAGCCGCCAGGACGAGAAAACUGACACCCAAGAAGAAGUAAAUUACCCAAGGUCACCCUGCUGGUAAUGGCAGAGCUGGAAUUCGAAUUGAGAUCUGCCCGGCUCGAGAUCACUUCCACCCCGUUUGGCGUACGGGUGCGCGAGGUCCGUUCUGCAAACAGCCCCGGAGGUCAGGUACCCCGGGGCCGAGGGCCAGUUACCAAGAGCCUGCGAGUUCCUGUCUGUUUUCAUCCCUGAAUCACCCCCAUUGGCCUAAGCUGGUCAUGGGGCGUCCAGUGAUGCUGACUUUGGAGGACAAGGACAUGAAGGGGUUCACGUGGGCCAUAGCCCCAGCCUUGACCUCCCUGGGCUACCUGCUUAUACUGCUGGUCUCCAUCUUUCCCUUCUGGGUGCGGCUUGUAAACGAGGAGUCCCACGAAGUGUUUUUCAGUGGCCUGUUUGAGAACUGUUUCCAUAUCAAAUGCUGGAAGCCUCGACCCUUAUCAGGCUCUGCGGGGCUCUGUCCCUUGUCACGGGUCAGGGGUCCAGCUGCAGCCCAGCCUCCCCUCCCCCACAGUGUACAUCAUUCUCGGCCGCGUUUUCCUGCUGUCCGCGGUUGUCCUGUCUUUCCUCACCACCUUCAUCCUGGUGUCCUUUGCAUCUCAGCUGUUUCCGAGGACCCGGAAGCACAAUUUGGUGUCAGCCUUCAUCAGCUUCCUCACAGGCUGGCCAAGGCCCUACCCUGGGAGGCUCCCAUCACAUGGAGGAGGUGGAACGCUCACAGUGGGAAAAUCAGGGGCCAGUGCCUUCCUGGCCUUGUUGCUGCAUGCCCUGGAGAUCCAGAAUCUGAGGAUGAAGCCCAGCCCCCCCAAGUUCUCGGUGCAGUGGCCUUACUACGUUCUGGGCUUUGCCAUCCUUCUGUUCAUAGUGGCUGGUGCCAUCUGCCUCUUUCAAGAAGCAGCCUGCCUUCGCUGCCGUUUGUUGCCCAAUUCCCAGAGUAUCCAGGAGACCCAAGGGGUCAUACACCUGGAGAAUAUGGAGAGUCUGGGAGGAGACCUGAGCUCAAUACAAAAGGAGACACUGCUGAAGGAAGAAACAAUUACCUAGUCCAGGAGAGCGUCCUCCGCCAUCGGCAGCUGUGUGAGUGCGUGUGUGGAGGCGUAAGCGGCAGCCAGUUUCUGCUGCUUUUGGUGAGCUUCCUGAGUGUCAGAUCCAUGUUCUACUUCCCCACACUCACAGUGAUUCUGUCUUGCUUGUAUUUGCAAUUCGUUAAAAAAAUUUUUUGAAUUUU